CCGCCCUGCCCCAUGCCCCAGCGGCGCUGAGCCUCCCGCAGCCCGAACAUGGCCACCACGGCAACGUGCACCCGCUUCACCGACGAGUACCAGCUCUACGAGGAGCUUGGCAAAAAUCCUUCUUCCCUCUCUCAGACCUCUUCUCCAAGUGGCUCUUUGGAAUAGUUGUAAUAAUAUCAAUAGUUCCAGCUUGAGAAAAUGUACAAAGCCUCGUAGCUUCCUACUCACUUCAUUAAUAGGGGAGCCUUCUCUGUGGUCCGCAGAUGUGUAAAGAAAAGUUCAUCACAGGAAUAUGCUGCAAAAAUCAUCAACACCAAAAAACUGUCAGCCAGAGAUACACACAGUAUGCUAACAAGCUACUCAAAAGAACCAGAAACAGUGUUCGCCAAGAUGUGUGUGGAGAUACGACUCAUAUGUUUGAUCACCAGAAACUGGAACGUGAAGCUCGAAUCUGCCGACUUCUAAAGCACCCAAAUAUUGUGCGGCUCCACGACAGUAUUUCAGAAGAAGGUUUCCAUUACCUCGUCUUUGAUCUGGUUACUGGUGGGGAGCUCUUUGAGGAUAUUGUUGCCAGAGAAUACUACAGUGAAGCAGAUGCCAGCCACUGUAUUCAUCAGAUACUCGAGAGUGUGAAUCACAUUCACCAGCAUGAUAUCGUGCACAGAGACUUGAAGCCUGAGAAUUUACUACUGGCAAGUAAAUGUAAGGGUGCUGCUGUCAAACUGGCUGACUUCGGACUGGCUAUAGAAGUCCAGGGAGAGCAGCAGGCCUGGUUUGGGUUUGCUGGCACUCCAGGCUACCUCUCCCCCGAAGUCUUAAGAAAAGAUCCUUAUGGAAAACCAGUGGAUAUAUGGGCAUGUGGAGUGAUUCUGUACAUAUUACUAGUGGGGUACCCUCCCUUUUGGGAUGAAGAUCAGCACAAACUCUAUCAGCAGAUCAAAGCCGGAGCCUAUGACUUCCCAUCACCUGAGUGGGACACUGUGACUCCUGAAGCAAAGAAUUUGAUCAACCAGAUGCUGACGAUAAACCCAGCAAAGCGCAUCACAGCUGACCAGGCUCUCAAACAUCCAUGGGUCUGCCAACGAUCCACUGUUGCUUCGAUGAUGCACAGGCAGGAGACUGUGGAAUGCUUGAGGAAGUUCAAUGCUAGAAGGAAGCUAAAGGGUGCAAUCCUCACGACAAUGCUUGUGUCUCGGAAUUUUUCAGCUGCCAAAAGCCUGCUGAACAAGAAGUCAGAUGGAGUGAAGAAAAGGAAGUCGAGCUCCAGUGUGCAUUUGAUGCCACAGAGCAACAACAAAACCAGUAUAGUAAGCACUGCAAAAGAAACACCCCCAGUGCAGACGUCCAUGGAGCCUCAAACAACUGUUGUCCAUAAUGCUACAGAUGGCAUAAAGGGUUCCACAGAGAGCUGUAACACCACAACUGAAGAUGAGGAUCUAAAAGCUCCCCCUCUCUCCACCGGGGACGGCAGCUCAGUGCUUGAAGGACGGAGGCACAGUGAGAGCAAAACACAGACUGAGUCCAUGCAGUCCCAGCUUUCUCUCUGUUUCUCAGCCACUACACAGUCUUGUGAAGAGAAGCUUCUUGCCUGGGACAGCCCAGGGCAGACACUGGAGUUAGAGCGUGCUCGGUCGGAGCCUUUGCUAACUCCAGUAGUUCCCUUUGUACUUAACUGCGCACCGUUGCGUAAGCAAGAGAUCAUUAAGAUAACAGAGCAGCUGAUAGAAGCCAUCAACAAUGGAGACUUUGAGGCUUAUACAAAAAUCUGUGAUCCUGGCUUGACCUCAUUUGAACCUGAAGCACUGGGGAACCUGGUUGAAGGAAUGGACUUCCAUAAGUUUUACUUUGAGAACUUACUGUCGAAGAACAGCAAGCCAAUACACACCACCAUCCUGAACCCCCAUGUCCACGUCAUUGGUGAAGAUGCUGCCUGCAUCGCAUACAUCCGCCUGACACAGUACAUCGAUGGCCAAGGCCGGCCCCGCACCACGCAGUCUGAAGAGACCCGCGUCUGGCACCGCCGAGAUGGCAAGUGGCUGAAUGUCCACUACCACUGCUCUGGAGCUCCUGCAGCACCUCUCCAGUGAGGAUCAAAACCGGCAACUUGUGGAGAUACUCAGCUGGAGGGCAAUAUCUUCCUAGCAAGCAGCUCUGGAGUGCCUGAGUGACAGCAACGGUCAUGUCCGUUUUGACGUUAAAAAAAAUAAAUACAAAUUACAAACAGGCAGCAGCCAAAUGCACGAAACCCUGCAUGCAUCUGAUGCUCCAGGCGCUGCCUUUCUGUUGUUUUCCAUGGAUCCAUCGUGUCUGUUUCUGCUGUACGAAGGUGUUUUUAAAUCUAAAAAAAAAAAAAAAAAAAAAAAAAAAGACAAUGUUGUUU